CACAAAGGCCCAUGAAAAUUCUCCUGUCAAACUCAAGUGUCGUUUCUGUCCUAAAAUAUUCAUUGAGGAAAUGGAACAGUGUCCUAAAAAGGCAGGGAAAAGAAAACCUUCCUACUUCAAUCAGAAAAUCUGGCAUGAGCGGAUACACACGCGGGAGAGGCCGUACAUGUGCAAGUCCUGUCCCAAGUGGUUCCGUACCAAGCAUCAUGAGGUGCAGCACAGCUUGACAGCUCAUUCAACCUCCAACACAUCAACUACUAAGAGUGUACGUUUCCACAUGUGUACUUAUUGUGAUAAAGUGUUUAGUGGUGAGAGACAACUCCACAAACACAUGCAGAAACAUACUAAGUGACUCUCAUAGGUGAAAUUAUUUCAGGCACUUUUGGAAUAUAGUUCAGUAAGCUCACCUGUGAAAUUUAGAGCCCAGUGCACAUAGGCCUUCUGAAACGGAAUGAGCUUCAGUUUUGAACUUGGGUGAAAAUGAUCUUUAAUCUAUCCUCAGUAGAAGUCCUAUAUUUGGACGAAAUAUCAGUUUAAUUUCUUGUGACCUUUUUGUGUAUCAUUUAGCUCCAGGACUGAAUACCUAGCACUAUACCUAUCCCUUUAAAAAUCCAAGAUUAGAUAAGAAACGUUAUUCUUUUGUACAUUAGUUUUGAUAUAUUAGCCUCUAAAAUACUGGAUUAAUCGAAAAUAUUUUAAACUACCUGAUCUAUUGAGUGAUCUUUGUUUAGAAGUAUGCUACUAAAAAUGUACUCGUUUAUUUUUCACCUAAGAAUCAAGAAUUUAUUACAACAAAUUAUAAACUGUACAUUUUGUAUAGUUGAUGUCAACACAUGAAUGGGCAAAAAGUAUCAAUGCUCCUCUACAGUAUAGUGAACAGUGGAUAUUAUAUUUAUGAGGGCCUACAAGAUAUAAUACAAUGAUACUAUAAUAUUAUACGGGAAUUUAACAUACCAUGGACAUCCAGUCAGGACACUAAUAUCAAUGUCAGACAUAAAAAAAUUCACUUAAACUAUAAAGAGGAUGAUUUUAUAACCAGCAAAAAAGUUUACUUUCGAAUAGCUUUAAAUCAACACAGUAUGCUUCAGCUGGCAAAUUAUUCUUGAGACUUUGUUAGUGUGACCAAAGGUCAGAUGGACCUGAGAGCAUCCACAAGCCAAGUAUUUGAUAUUCUUGUGAUAUCUGUAAAUGGUUUCUGAAGCCUGAAACCUAAUAGUUUAUCUCUAAACAGGGGCCUCUUGACAGAUCAGGUAAUAGAAACCAUUUACAAAAAUUUUUGUUGACUUAAUAGCUUGCAUGUCUUAUCUCAUUUGGGGUAUUUUUGAAUGAGAUUGGUUCCUUAAUCCUCAGCCUUUCUGUCAAAAAUUGAUUCUGAAGAGUCAAAAAGAUAGUGUUUUAAGGUAUUUGUUUUUAAUUUACGGUAUACACUGUGAAUAGAACAUCUUUGUUCUGCUUGGUUUACUAUUGAAUAACGGUGCAUGUUUGUUUGGUGAGACAACUAAUUUCUAGACAUCAAUACUUUUAAUAAAUAAAAUCUCGAUUGAAAACAGUUAACCCAUUGGAUCUAGUUUUCCUAUUGUUUAAAUUCUACAUUAAUGUAUGGAAUUAAUAUAGAAAAUAAACAGUAUCAGAAAUCUGACACAUACUUUUAGGAAUUAGCUUAUCAAUAAUAAUUUAUUAUCUUGUGUUUUUAUGCACUUAAAUUUAAUGUUUGAUUUGUUUUUGUUUAUACUGGUUUGUUUCUCCUAAACAAAAUUAAGAUAGCUUGUAAUGCUGGCCCGUCACAAGGUUAAUAAUUGCUAUUUAAAAUAGUUUUAAAACGAUUUUUUCACAGUUCCUUGUAAAUAGAUUACACAAUCAAUCUAUUAUUAAGUAACCAUUUAAAUUAAGUGUCUGGACCCUAGAUGACCAACCCAAAUGGGGGUUUUAAGCAAAAGAAAGAACAUCUUUAGUUUUUUAAUGAAAUCACUCAGUAUAACAGAUUAAUCUUUACCUGUUAUAAUGAUUGAUGUCAAAUGUAAAUAUAGAUUUAAUAUUUGAUUUUCCAUUGCUUCUCAUGUGUUUUUAAUGAAAAAGAAAGAGUAGGCUAUUUUAAGUUUUUAAAUGAAAUAUAUAUAUAACUUAUAACUUACUUCUAAACCUGUUAAUGAAGGCUAGAUUGAUGUAAAUAUAGAUAUAAGAUUUGGGUUUCCAUUGGAUCUCAGGAAACAAAGAUGAAACAUAGGUUUAUGUUAUUAUGUUGUUUGUAUUUUAUAUGCGUUCUCACUUUUAAAUUAGGUACUAUGUCUGUAGCAAUCAGUUGUACAAGCUUCUUACAUCUAUAGGAAGUGUUAAAUAUAUUUUGUCAAUACGAUAAAACCAUAGUUUGUA